AUGGAAACCUCCCGGCAGAGGCUAGGGCUGGUGGCUGCGAAACUGCCGGCCGGUGUCAGACGCAUCAAGUGUCCAGUAUGCAGCAAGUUCGUGCUCCCCGACGACAUCGAGUGCCACCUCGUGAUGUGCCUCACGCGGCCUCGACUCUCAUACAACGAGGACGUGCUCAGUGACUCGAAGGGCGAAUGUGUGAUCUGUCUGGAGGAGCUGUGCGCCGGCGACACCAUCGCGCGCCUUCCCUGCCUCUGCAUCUAUCACAAGGGAUGUAUAGACCAAUGGUUUGAAGUAAACAGAUCGUGCCCCGAGCAUCCCGGCGACUAGAGGCCGUGCACCCCACCCCGGGCCUCGGGCCCCGGCACGGCCCGCUGCGCCUCGGCUCGGUCAGGCGCGCAUUGGUGUGGCCCUUCGCGCCACGCCCUGGCCACGGUCUGGCCCUUUGAGUCAAGGCCUGGCCCGUCGAGUCAAGGCCUGGCCCGUCGAGUCAAGGCCUGGCCCGUCGAGUCAAGGCCUGGCCCGUCGAGUCAAGGCCUGGCCCGUCGAGCCCCGCCCAGCCCGCCGCACCGCGUCCGAGCCGCGCCGCCGGCCACGCCCGAACACGUGCCAUCGUCGCGAGUGAUAAUUUUAUACAAUGAACAGACUUGCCUCCGGGCCUUGUAAAUAUAAACUUAUGCUAGUGAGAUGUUUUACCAUUUAAUGAAUUAAAUUUAAAAAAAAAUUAAUAAAAAAAUUAUAAUAAUAAAUAUAAAACAAAGACGAUCAUAGUAAACGUUAAAGGCAAUUUCUCGAUGGAGUAUUAUUGUAACAUUAAUUGAAAAUUUUACAUCGUUAGUUUGGUUCAGAUGCAAUCCUUCGAGAUUCGUUCGUAUCACGUGUAACAUAACGUAACGUAAUAUAAUAUGUGACAGUCGCGCCGCCGUCUGUGUGUACAUUGUGUAUAGCGCCAGGUUCAGUUCCGCCGCGACCUACAUAUCCGUUUAUUAGCUUAUGUAUAAAUAUAUUAUUUCAUCUUUUUCAUCUUGAUAAAUAAAGUUGAUUUGUUUCUAAAUUUUC